AUGUCACUCCAAGAUCAACUAAAGUCGGCGAGGGACAAACUCAAGCCGACUACUACUGUGGUCCUGCUCGAAGAUGGUGAAGAAGUCACAGAGCAUAGGAACGAAUCUGGCGAGUUUGUCCGUGGUUCUGUCGAAGAUGAUCAGAAUGCCGCAGUUAAAGGUGUCUCCAAUAGAAGACGGAAGAAAGUUGAUGAUCGCGCUGUCGAGGAUGGGAUUGUUAUAGAACCCGACCUGGAACCAAGAUUUACAGCUUGCAAACAUCUGCCCUGGAGUUUACUUGGG